CUUCCACCUCUCUCCCACCAUCCUGAGCUAUGAAUCCGCCAUGAGCGAUCCCCGUCCUUCCUCUUCGAGACCGAGAGAUGGCGGCGGCUGGAGCUGGCGAGAUCGCAAGGACGACGUCGUAGUCCGCACCUCGACGACGCAUCCUGAUCGAUACUAUCCAACGAAGAUGGUCAAGCACCACGUUAAUAAGGCCAUCGCCGCUGUCCGCUCGCCUCCGCACGAGAGCAGCAUGGCAGGAAGAGAGUAUGGAGACGACCGACGCAGAGCUUCAGGGCACGAUGUAUGGACGCCUGCGUCUGCUGGUGGUGGUGGUGCUGUGACGAGCAGAGAUCGGCCGCCUCCCCCUCCUCCUGGUGAAUCUGAUGUUUGGACUCCAGCUAGCCGGUAUGGGCAGGGGUACGGGUUAACGUAUGGAUCCCACGAUCACAGGAGGUAUGGCGAUCCCAGUCCGUACGGCGCAGGCAGACGUCGUAGCAGUGCGGGCAGGGCAGGGCCGAGUGGCAGCGGCCCUCGCAGCAGCAGCAGUAGCGACCAUGCUCGCCAUCGAGACGGCGGGCACCCCUCAUCGAUCUCAUCGAGCUCGACUCGCCCCCCACCUCCCUCUCAACACGAUAUAGAAGAAGCCCUCCGCAUCGACUGGCCAGACGUAGAGUCUCGCGCAAAAGCUAAUGGAUUCGUCACACCAUCGGACCUAGUUGUCGAAUUCAAGCGACAAGGCCAUUUCGACUCGUUGCGACGCUCUUUGCUGCAGUCCUUCCUCUCCUCAUCACCACAAGCAAAGGGCGACGUCACGCAGUCCAUCUCAGAUCUGCUGCUCAGCUACAUUCAGGGCAACCCUGCCGAGGCAGCAAAGAUUAUGGCGACGAGUGGCGGAGAUGUGAGAUUGAUGCAGGCUGAGAUGGUCAAGGUAGUGGAGAUGGACGAGCCGGACAGGGCACGAGUCAAGAGGGCGAAAGGAGAUCAAGAUGAGGAGACGGAGGAGUACAUGCCCCCGUCUGGCCCGAAGAUCCAGCGUGACCUACUCGCAAAGAUGCAACAGCCUCCUGCAGCAACCGUGGGCGAGGAUGAAGAGGGCAAGGAACGCGACGCCAUCAUUUCGAUCCUGUCCACAGACCUUUCCACGACAUCAUCAGCACCAUCAGAACCAAUGGUCAGAACGAUACAGGAGCGAGUGCAGGCGCUGCUUCGAGAAGAGGAGGAGAAGCGCGGCAAGAUGGUCGACCGAGAGGGCGAGGAGCGCACAGCUGCCAGCUCGGGGGAGGGCACGCCUGCUACGAACACGAAUACGCCGAUUGGAGCGGGAGGGCAAGGCAAGGUGACUCCGGCUACUGCAGCGCAGGCCAUGGACGAAGAUCAGAGCGAGGCGAGUGUAGGGCACAAGGGCGAAGGGGGAGACAAGGAGGCGAUGCAGCUAGACGGUGUUGGAAAACCUACAACCCCACUGCCAGCCGAAGAGGAGGCUGAAACGGUCGAGGCCAGCAAAAGGGCGGCAGCUGCGGGGUCAAUGGAUACAGACGCAGCCGCAGAGCCGCCAGCAACCUCGUCAUCUUAACACUCCACAUUGAAUGAUACACUAUAUACCUUGUUUGG